GUGUAUCCCAUCCGGGGGUGUAUUGGCCUUCAUGCCUGUGUGGUAUAUACUACUGAUUACAGGUAUGCCAGGUGGACCGUUGACUGUGACAUCACAAAGUUACCUGUGCUCCUACGACUACAGUCACAACUUCAUAUUUACCUUCAAGUCUGUUUUAUAACAAACGACAAUACUGGGAGGAUUGUGUUAAGUGUAUAUAACUUAUGUAGGGGUGAAACAAGUUACCUGUUACCGGGAUAGUAACGAGGUACUGCAUGAUCUACAGGUGUGUCAUGUGCUGAUGAUUCUGUGGACAGCUUACUCCUGUAUCUAUCAACUGUAAAUCUUGGGAUGAUCAAAUUGUUAUCAUUGUAUGCUAACAGCAUAAACAAUAUAUAGCAAGAUUAGAUAUGGAAUUCAGGAUGUUUCUCCACUUUCCGGUGACCAUCACUAUUCUACCCGGGUAAGGAACACCAGAAAAGGGAACACCUGGGUUAGGUACACCUGAGAUUCCAGGUGUGAAUUGUCCACAGGUGUAACAACAUGGAGAAGAUGACCAUGGAUAACCUGGUAAAUGUGGACUCCCUGUCUGAGGAGGAGCGUGCCGUCAUUCUUAAAGUUCUCAAACGUGAUGAGAGCCUCCGUAGAACAGAGAACAAGAAAAUUGGGCAAUUACGGUUGGAGAUCCAAUCAAUACGAAUGAAAAGUGUCCUUAGGGAUGGGGAUGACCUGUCCAAAAUAUGUGCCCGUUGUCAUAGCGAACUAGGCUUCCUGUUCAACAGAGGCGAGAUUUGUCCAACAUGUCAUUUCAAAGUGUGCAAGCUUUGUCAGGAGACAUUACUUAAUGGCAAAUGGUUGUGUUCCUUGUGUUACAAACAGAGGCAGCUGAAGUGGCUCCAGCAGGGAGGGAUGGACAGUAGCUCAGGGCGGGGACUGAAACGCUGGCCAUCUGGAGCAGACCUGGUCAAGGCAUCCAUUCGCAAAACACUGGUCAUUGCAGAUCCAGGUGCAGAAUCUGAUCCCGGUGCUGAGACAGGAUACAAGCUGAAUGGUGCUACAGUCAGAAACGGAUCUGUUCACAAAGACAAGGCUCCACAGGAUGCUGAACGUAUUGAGUAUCCAAAAGACUCUGACAAACGUAAGCUCACACAACUGUUUGAUGCAUUUAAGGUGCAGAAAAAGACGGACAGUCCUGAGAGGAGGCUUCAGCAGCAGACGUCAGUGCGUAGGGCAACCUCGCGCAGAUAUGGCACAGAUAGCGAAUCGUCAAGUUCCUCGUCAGAUGAGGAUGUGUCAUCAUCUCUUCCUUCUUCAAUGUUAACAACAGUCUCUGUGCAGAGUUCUCCGGCGUCCUCUAGGGUGUCUGGGAAUAACACAUCAGAAUACGAGGAGAUACAUGUUAGUGAUUCUGUGCUCCAUAAAACUUCAGAGAGUGUGAACAGUAGUCCUCGGAAAUCCUUACAAAGAAAACAUUCAUAUGAUUCAGAUCAGACAAUACAUUCAGAUGAUGCACCAUUUUCAAAAAGUAGUACAGAAACUCAAAUAAGAGUUGAGGUCCAUUCAGACGCCUCCUCAACACAAAGUGCAGACAUUUGUCGACCGAAAACAUCUCCAUCAAAAAGUGCAUCAUCCAAUUCUCAAAAUAGCUAUAGCAAGGUACGACAAUCAAGCAAAGAUGGCUAUACAGGUGUAAAAGUCACAAGAAAGGAGAGCUCUUCUUCACAGCGUUCAACAUCACCAGAGAUGGGAAGCAUGCGACAUGUGCAAGUUUCCCGACAAUCUGUUCUUCAACCUGGGAGGUCACCAUCUCCUUAUUCUUUUGAUAGUAUUCCGUCUUCCCAUGCCAAUUCCCCGUUACCCAGACAACGGAUUUUGGAUCAAACUUUGGAUUAUCCACUUCAAAAAUAUUCUUCAGAGGAUACAGACUCAUUGUCAAGGUUUAGUGGCACAGAGUACAGUGGUACAGAAUCAUCCUCUCACAUUCGAGAGGGCAGUAGUGGGGGAGACGAUUUCAUGAUGGAUGACAUCUCAAAAGUUAAAUUUCAUAAGUUGUCAAAGAAAAUGGAAAGUUCAAGAUCCAGGUCACCACAUUCACCAAACACAAGUUCCUCUCUACAGCUUGAAGAAGGGGGGGCUAACUGUGGUAGGGUCGAGGCUGUGGUGGGCCGUGAUCAGCUCACACGUUCUGAAUCCCAGUCAGUCACAAACGUCCCCCAAUCUCUGUCACAGGUAGAGGGAAAUGUCCCCCAACCUCUGUCACAGAUAGAGGGAAAUGUCCCCCAAUCUCUGUCACAGGUAGAGGGAAACAACCCUCAAUCUCUGUCACAGGUAGAGGGAAACAUCCCCCAAUCUCUGUUACAGGUAGAGGGAAACAUACCCCAAUCUCUGUCACAGGUAGAGGGAAACGUACCCCAAUCUCUGUCACAGGUAGAGGGAAACGUACCCCAAUCUCUGUCACAGGUAGAGGGAAACGUACCCCAAUCUCUGUCACAGGUAGAGGGAAACGUACCCCAAUCUCUGUCACAGGUAGAGGGAAUCAUUCAGGCUCAGCAGACCUCCACUCAGUACUCAAUGAAGAUCUCUGACUGUGAACCCAUUGCCCCAGCAAGAAGAAAAGCCAAGAUUGUGAUCACUGACCCUAUUAUCCCACCAAGGAAGAAAAAUUACACAGAACCGAAACCAGUAGCCCCACCAAGGAAAGAAAAACAUUCAGAUGACACAGAUCUUAUUGUCCCACCACCGAGGAAAUCAAAGCAUGUUAAGGAAGCAGAAUUGGCUGUUUCACUAAGGAAAUUACAGAAUCCUGAGGAAAGUGAACCUGUAACUCCACCGCGGAGAUCUAAGGUGACAGUAGGUUUUGAACCUAUCUCCCCUCCAAGAAAAUCAAAGAAUGUUGACUUAGUUUGCCCAUCAGGUUACAAGGUUGUCCAGGACCCUGACCCAGUCGCCCCAGUAUGGAGGAGAAGUAUGAGAAGAAGUCAUGAAGAUGUUCCUUCCCCUCCAUCUUCAGUCCCUUCUUCUCCUGUCAGUUUUUCUGGAGAGGAUUCCUCAAGUGAACGAAAUUUGUCUAUCAAAAAUGCCAAGCGUCUCUUUGAAGAGAAAGAAAGGAUACAGAGGUUGGGAAAGUCACCAAGAGCAUCACCUAGAGGAAACCAUGAUGCCUUCUUCAAUGACAGGAUUUGGCAAGAAGAGUCCCUGGGGAUGCCAUCAACACCUUCCCCAGCCCCAGAUGAUGACUUUGAGGCAUUGUUUAGUAAAGCCAUAAGUGACCUUGAAGCGCCAGAGUCUCCACUACCAAAAAUACGGUCAAGAUCAGGGUCAAUGAGGUCAAGGUCAGGCUCAAAAUCAAAGAAAAGACCAGUGUCUGGGGAACUUGAAUCAGAUUCAGAGUCCAGGAAAAGAACAUCUACAGGUGAACUUCCAGUGGUAAAGGAGCCUGAGGGCGAAGGGCUGAAAUCUACAAUGUUACCUGUCAUGAAGGAACCAGUAAGUGAAGAAGUAAUGGAUUCUAUACAAGAACAGCAAGUUACUUCAUUACCAACUAUUAACAUAAUCCUGGACAAUACCGACAUGUCACAAAAAUGGGAUCUUGAGCCAGAGACAGAAUCAUUGGUUAUUGAGAGCAGAGCUGAGGGACCUGACAAGCAGUCCUCACAAGACAUUGAGCCCAGUAUGACUAGUGACACUUACAUAGAAGGCAAGGAAAAGUCAUGGGGUCAAAAUGAAUCUGAUGAUUCUCCAGUAGAAUCACUUGAUUUGAAGGUGAAAGCCAAAGGUCAUUGGGGUCAAGAUCCUGAUGAUGACAACCAGUACCAGUUUUCUACAGAAGAACAAGAAAUAAAUGCUGAGAGUGAACAAUCUGUGUCCUCCAACUUAUGGCAUUUUAAGGAAAACUCUACAGAAAAUGACUUCAGGGAGGCUUUUGGUUCACCAUCAGAAAAAAAUGGUCAGUUUCUGGAGGUGAGGACCACUGUGCGGGCAGCCUUGGGAGAGCAGUCCCUGAGUGACACAUCCUCAGACAUCUUGAGUGUAAUUGCUGAGGAUAGUGAGCCCAGCGAGACCAGUACUAGAAGCUGGGAUUCCGGUGGUAAAUGUAGCACUGUCAAGGCUGCGUCAGGAGUUGACAGUGAUUGUGAUCGUACCAUGGAACGUAUUCCCGUAGAAAUGAUUCUUGCAGCUGCUCACAGUCGUAUUGAAGAUGUGGAUACUGAAAAAGAGUCCCCCUAUGUAGAGGAAUCUAUUGGGCAGGUCAAGGGAACGGUAACCUAUAUAGAGGAUAAAGAGGAUAAUGAUGUGGCAGUUGGUUACCAUGGUGAUGAGAAAAUGAAGACAGAUAUGGUUUACAAAGAACAUGAGAAAGCAGUUUGCAGUGAACCUAAGAAAGCAGAAGUUAUUCCUGUGGCAGGCACUUUGUUGGCAUUAAUAAAACUAACGAAGAAACAUCAAGAUGACGACAUGGGGGUGCAGAGACAUCUGGAGCCAGAGGUCACCAUCAAGGACACACCACAACUCGAGGCAGAGGGUACAGUCAGUAAGAAGGUAUUCCGAGAGAAACUUGUCAAACAAUGGUUAGAGGCAGAGGUUCACAGUUCAGAAGGUUCAAGUGAAUCCAAAAUACAAAAAUCUCUCAACCAAGUGUCUGAUCCACAGUCCUCCCACAACCUGACCCUUGACCCCUACCACACAGGCCAAUCAAGCACCCCAGGGACCCACCCACUUGAUUCCACCCAGAUACCAGUCCUCCCUAUUGGCUCUCUGACUGACACAGAUUCAGAGAAGGAGGUACCACCUAAACUGUCCCCGCGAGCCAGCUCUGAGGGAUCAGGAAGCCUGGAGGAUAGUGGUCAUGUCAGCGGUACAUCCACACAGGAUAACACACCUGAACACCGACGUACAGAUAGCAUACAGAGUCAGAUGUCAGUGCCCUCUACGUUGUCAACAGUUACCGACGUCAGUAAUAAGGAGGAUGACAGUGAGGCUGAUAUAGACGAACUAGUAGCCAGCCAUAAGGCCUCUACCCAGAGUUCCUAUGGGAGCAGUCGUGGCAACCUUCUAUCCACUGUUGCUGAUAGUCGGGAGAGUAUAGCAAGUUUCUAUAGCGAUGCUGGUGGAGUGAAUUAUGGGAAGGUUCCUGUAACGGGUGAGGUACAGUUCGGCCUGGACUACAACUAUAGGACUGGUUCACUGGAGAUAGCCAUUCGACAGUGCAAGGACUUGGCACCAGCAGACCCGAAACGCCACCGAUCUGACCCGUAUGUGAAGACCUAUUUGCUUCCUGAUAAAACACGUGGAGGAAAAAGGAAAACCAGAGUUAAGAAAAGUACUCUUUCUCCAAUUUUCGAUGAAACACUGCGUUAUCUGAUCUCUAAGAGCGAGGUGGAGAACAGAAUAUUGUGGGUCACUGUGUGGCACAAUGACAGGUUUGGUCGCAAUGACUUCCUUGGUGAAGUAUCCAUUAACUUCGACUACUUCCGGUUUGGAGACUCGGCGCCCAAAUGGUACACCUUACAGGAAAGGGUGGAGACACAAACUACAUCACUGCUGACUUACCAGGGUGACCUUAUCCUGUCACUAAGACUGGUAUCUAAGGACAAUGUCAAAGAAAUCCUCACCUCUCCCACCAAGACCAAGAGGAAGAAGACGCGGCCUGAUGGGCUGGCAGGGUGUCAGCUACAGGUCCUACUUAAAGAAGCAAGAAACCUCACCGCAGUCCGCUCAAACGGAUUCUCCGACCCAUUCUGUAAAGCGUACCUGUUACCAGACAAGAACAAGGGGUUGAAGCAGAAAACGCCUGUGAUAAAGCGAGACUGCAACCCUCAGUGGAACUACACAUUUAUAUUUGAUGACGUUAGCCCCGAGGAGCUGAAGGAGCGUGCUUUGGAACUAACUAUCUGGGACCAUGACAAAAUCUCCAGCAACGACUUCUUGGGGGGAGUCAGACUCAACCUUGGGCUGGGACGAUGUUACGGUAAAAUUGUUGACUGGAAUGAUGCUAAAGGUGAAGAAAUUUCAAUAUGGCAAGCAAUGUUAGAUCGACCCGAUUCUUGGAUUGAUGGUACCUUGAUCCUGCGACCAAAUAUGGACAAAAGACGAUAUUAGAUCACCCAAGUACAGAUUUGUUGCAUUAAGAUCAGUCGAUAUGGAAAGGACUUGCCUUGCCUUGAGAAUGUGAUUACUAGUAUUGGUUAGUGACACUGUUGAUAUAUGAAGAAUGGACCAAUUUGGGAUCAUACAUAGAGUGAAAACAAUACAAGAUAUCAAAUAGACUGACAGUUAAAUGGUAGGGAUACAUGUGGUAAGCAUACUUACCUGUCAGUAGAAUGGCAAUUAACCAAAUAUGGAAUCUCAGUUGGAGCAGACAGUGAUAAAUUUUAUGCAUUUACAUGUUUCACCAAAUAUGGGCAUAAAAAUAUUAUUCUUAAAGCGAUCAAAUGUAUAGCAUAUUGUUCUGACCAAACAUGGACAAAUCGUAAAAAAUUAGAAACAGGCAGUGAUCGCAUAAUUUCAUUUAAAAAAUGAUGUAGGUGUGGUAAGCAUGUUCACAUUAGUGGUAAGCAUACUUACACUUGGUAAGCAUGUUCACAGUGGUAAGCAUACUUACACUUGUGGUAAGCAUGUUCACAUUAGUGAUAAGCCUACUUACACUUGUGGUAAGCCUACUUACACUUGUGGUAAGCAUGUUCACAUAAAUUGUAAGCAUACUUUCACUUGUGGUAAGCAUGUUCACAUUAGUGGUAAGCCUACUUACCCUCGUGGUAAGCAUUUUCACAUAAGUUGUAAGCAUACUUACACUUGUGGUAAGCCUACUUACACUUGUGGUAAGCAUGUUCACAUAAGUUGUAAGCAUACUUACACUUGUGGUAAGCAUGUUCACAUUAGUGGUAAGCCUACUUUCACUUGUGGUAAGCAUGUUCACAUUAGUGGUAAGCCUACUCACACUUGUGGUAAGCAUGUUCACAUUAGUGGUAAGCCUACUUACACUUGUAGUAAGCCUACUUACCUUUUGUGGUAAGCAUGUUCACAUUAGUGGUAAGCCUACUUACACUUGUAGUAAGCCUACUUACCUUUUGUGGUAAGCAUGUUCACAUUAGUGGUAAGCAUAUUUACACUUGUGGUAAGCAUGUUCACAUUAGUGGUAAGCAUACUUACACUUGUGGUGAGCAUGUUCACAUAAAUGGUAAGCAUACUUACACUCGUGGUGAGCAUGUUCACAUAAAUGGUAAGCAUACUUACACUCGUUGUUAGCGUACUCACAUUAGUGGUAAGUAAACAAAUAUUUGUAGCUUUAAGACAUUUUCUACAGUGCCUGAAAAACAAUCUAUUUACGACACUCAACUAUAGGUGCCUCAUCUUCAUACAUGUACAAAUAAACUUCAUCUUCAAACAUGUACUGCAAUUGCACAUCAUACAUGUAUGGUAAAUUUGACCUCAUACAUGUUUAAAAAACUGAACCUCAUGCAAAUAUGUGAAGAUCAUCAUCAUGGUACAACAACUGAUCUCAAAAUGUCAAUAGCACAAUAUUAAUUCUUGUCUUUUGUUUAUGAAAUCUCUGUAGAACUCUCAGUUAUGUGUGUGAAGUUGUGUGUUACAUUAACUAUAAGUGGAUUAUGAAGGUUCAGCUCUGUGUUUUUUCUAUACAAGUUUAGCAAGCCAUUAAUGCUCAUUAGUUCUUUGGGAUACACAUUUAGCUUGAGUUCUGUAGUUCUCUGGGACAAACGUUUAGCUAAAUGUUAUUCGGGACAAAGGUUUAGCUGAAAGUUCUGUAGUUUUUCGG